GGAAGUGAGUCACACAACUGACGGUAAUGUUGCGAGUCGCACGCUGUAGCAACGAGGACGCUGGUGAGAAAGAACAAGGAAGCAACAUGUGGCGAGCACAAUAAGUCCACACGGCAGCGUAGAGAGCCACCCCGCGAUCACAAUCAGACGAGUAGAUCGGAUCUUCACUGAACAGACACUUUUGAAUACUCAGUGGUGGGGAACAGCUACGUUGCGAUUUUGUUGCAGAAGACCCGCAGCAGCAAUUCACGGCUGCGUUGCGUCUCCGGAAAUUUCCGACCACAAGAUCACGCUGAAGAGCAAGCAUGAAAAGAGAGGUGAAGGCCGGAGUCAACUUCUUCAAGCGGCUUGCUGUGGCGGGAGGCAAGCUGGAUGAAGCCAAAGCGCAGUUGUUUGCCGAGAAACUUCAGCGGCUCUUAUGCGACAAGUACGAUGGCCAUUGGUACCCGGACCGUCCGACCAAAGGCCAGGCGUUCAGAUGUAUCCGGAUAAAUAGGGGAAUACCCACAGAUGAGGUGCUCUUGAAGGCCUGCAAAGAGAGCGAGCUCACACCCAGUGACCUUUGCCUUCCUCCAGAAGUCACCGUGUGGAUCGACCCGCUGGAGGUGUGCGUGAGAUCCAGAGAGAGCGGCUACCCGUUCUCAAUAGCCUCUUUCACGGACAAAGAUGAGGAGGAGGAAGAGGAGAGCGGAAACAAAGCACAGGAGGAUUUGCCCAUAAACCCGACAAACCACGACACGUCCGACUAUCACUCUGCCACGUCUUCCGACUGCGGGUCGGCUGUGUCCAGCGACACAGAGGAAGAGGUCGCUGUGGCGGCAAAGGCCCAAGAGACCGAAGGGGAGCAAGAAAAAAAGCCGCCGCCGGAAAAGCAGCCGGCGCAGGACGACGGUUUCAAGAUAAUGAAGGUGCCCAAAAUUCGCAGACGCCAUGAAGGUGGAUCAAACCGAGUUAGUUACGACAGAAAUGUGGUUCCAGUGAGGCACCAUUUUUUCUGCCCACCCGUACCAGUCUGGUCCCAUUGCAUGAACCAUGCACCGAUGCUCGUCGUUCCUCCGCCUCCGCCCUGUCCGGUGUUAGUGCACUACGUGCCACACCCUCCUCGGCCACACUUUGUCGUUCCUCAGGCGGCGCUAAAGCCGUGGGAACCUGCGAAUGAUGAGAUGUUCAGAUUGCGGUCCUCGGCCGUGCCGAUUUAGCCAAACGCGAGGCAGAAGAGGAACUUUUCCACAAGUGUCACGUUUUAAGAUUUUCCUUGCACAUCUCUUUUAUGUCUAAUGUUUUCAUUUGUAUAUUGUCAGUUACUUAUUCUCGGCAGAAUUAUUAAACGGCUUUUUUUUUUUUUUUUUUCCUCCGCCUCGCGGGACCUAUCAAAUCUGCACAGUAAAUUGGGUGCUUGUAUAUGCUCAGGUAUUCUCUGCAAUACAUUUUAUGCCAGAUAAUGACCUUUUUUUAAAGGUUGUAUUUUCCCCGUGUUCUUCUACAAACACAGCAAUGUGAACACACAAGUGUUAAUCUUAACAAAAUGCGAUUCAGGGUUUUAGUCUUUUAAAGUCUUGAAACUACAUAUGUCUUUUAAUAAGAAAAAUAUUUUCUCUCAAAUGCCUGAAGCUAGUGCUAAUAUUAGAUAUGACAAAGACUGAUUUACACUUUUUUAAUGCCGUUUUCUUAAUUAUAUUUGAUCACUCAACUGGAAACUCAAUGAUACUGUAAUUUGUAUCUUUUUUCAGUAUGUUGCUUUUCGAGGACAUGAUUUACUCGAGUACCAGUUGCAUUUGAAUAUUUAAGUGGGUGUUUUUUUUCAUCUGCUGUCCGUUUGGUGCAUGUCAAUGUUGCUUUGUGAUUUACCGAUGGGUUUCAAUCUGCUAUCAGUGUGACGGCUGUCACGCUUGCUUUUUUUUUCCCAGACGGCUUGCAUUCCAUUUUACUGACUGUUACCUAUGAAAUUGUACAUUCAGGCUUGAAUAUUAAUGGAUGCCCACUGAUUCGUUUAAACUGAUUAUUUAAUUUUUUACCUUACUAUUAUUUAAUUUCUAUGCAACAGCAACAUUUUCCAUUCCUUAUGCCUUUUUUCUAUUUAAUACUUUAUUUCUCAUGGAUUAAAUCAACACCAAACAACUGA